GGUUCUCUAAGAAGACAGCUGAUGUCACCACCACCACAGCCUGCUUUCUGCUCCAGGACACUCGUGACGUCCUCUCCAUGAUUUUUCACAAAGAUGCCCUGAGAACCACAAGUCAGGCUGCUCUGAAAAUCACAUAUCUUAUACAGAUGGUGAUAGGGUCCCUGGUCAAUGUCAUCCUUUUCUUCCACAGCAUCUCUCCAGUCUUGAUUGGCCACAGCCAGAGACCCACAGACAUGAUUCAUACCCACAUGGCAGUGGCCAAUCUCUUGGUUCUUCUGUCCCCUGGCAUUCCCCACACAAUGGCAGCUUUUAUUCCAAGGAAUCCCCUGUCCAGUCUUGGGUGUAAGUUUGUGUAUUACUUACGGAGAGUGGCUCACAGCACCACCCUGUGCUCCACCUGCAUCCUGAGCACCUAUCAGUCUUUCACUCUCACCCCCAGGAGAGCAGAGUGGGUGAUGCUCAGAGGAAGGGCCCCCAAGGUCAUUGGUCCUUCCUGCUGCACCUGCUGGAUGCUCAGUUUCUUAAUGUACAUCCCUGUUCCUCUGAAAAUCUCUGGCCCACAGAACAUGCACAACCAUACUGAUAUGAAAGGCAAGUGGUUCUGUUCAUCCUCACCUACUGAAAUAGGUAUGAGCUAUUUGUGGUCCAUCUCUGAUGCCAUGUUUUUUGGCGUCAUGGUCUGGUCCAGUGGCUCCAUGGUGCUUCUCCUGCUGAGACACCGCCAGAGGGUGCAGUAUAUUCACACUCCCACUGGACACCACAGAUGCCCUCCGGAGACCAGAGCCACCCACACCAUCCUGAUGCUGGUGGUCACCUUCAUCACCUUCUACUUCCUAAAUUCUGUUCUGUCUUUUUAUAUUGCAGCCUUCUUUGAUAUUCGUCUAUGGUUGAUACAGACCUCUAAUGUAUUGGGUUCCUGUUUUCCCACCAUUUCCCCUUUCCUCCUGCUUCUUAGAGAUCCUAGAACUCCUAGGUUCUGCUCUUGA